GCGCAGGUCACAAGUAUCAGUCUCGACCAACUACCGGGGAGGAAAGAAACCCCUUUCAAUUAUUAAGCAUCAGGCCCGACUUAUCACGAUGCAUUGCCUGAAAACUCUGAGGACGGCUAACCCCAGAAUGUUGCAGUUACUUCAAAAUGCAGCAAUCUCGGCCCGAGUGGGAGCGGACAGCAGUGUUUUGUCCAGGACGCAGCAAGCUGUUCCUCUGCCCUGUUGGGUCACCUCAGCAUCACCCCACACCCACAGAGCUGUGCAUCACCACACCAGUCCUGAUGAUGUGGACCAAGGAGACGCCAAGAGUAGGUUGAUGUCCAGUAUGGAAGACUUGCUAUUCUACACCAUCACCGACGGCAAAGAGAUGAUCCCCCUCUCGCAGUUCAUCUCAGUUUUGAGGAAAACAGGUCUUUGGACUUCUGACCCUCGACUGCGUGACUGUUUGCAUCAGAUGCGACAAUUCACACUUAACUCCCUCGGCGAGCCAGUCAUGAUGGAUAAGGCGCUCUUCAGGAGGUGUGUAGCUAAUAACAUCAUGCUGCUGACUAAAGCCUUCCGAAAAAUGUUCAUCAUCCCAGACUUUGACGUGUUCACUCAGAAAAUCAAUGAGAUGUGUGAGAAUGCUCAACAGCAGGAUGGAGGACAAGUCGCUGAUUACAUUCCUCAACUUGCAAAAUUCAGCCCUCACCUGUGGGGCGUGUCUCUUUGCACCAUUGAUGGACAAAGACACUCUGUGGGUGACACCAAGGUUCCCUUCUGUCUGCAGUCGUGCAUCAAGCCCUUGGAGUAUGCCAUCGCUGUGCACGAGCUGGGCAGCGAACACAUCCACCAAUUUGUGGGCAAAGAACCCAGUGGAUUCAGGUUCAACAAACUGUCCCUGAACGAAGAAGAUAAGCCACACAAUCCAAUGGUGAAUGCUGGAGCUAUCGUUAUCAGCUCUUUAAUAAAGCCCGACUCAAAUAAAGCAGAGCGGUUUGACUACAUAAUGGAGUUCUUGAAACGCACAGCUGGAGCAGAGUAUGUGGGUUUCAGCAAUGCAACCUUUCAGUCAGAGAGAGAGACGGGCGACAGAAAUUUUGCGAUUGGUUAUUACCUCAAGGAAAAAAAGUGCUUCCCUGACAACGCUGACAUGAUUGCGGCCCUCGAUUUCUACUUUCAGCUGUGCUCCAUAGAGGUCACGUGUGAGUCGGGCAGCGUCAUGGCGGCUACGCUGGCCAAUGGCGGCAUUUGUCCCAUCACAGGCGAGCGUGUGCUGAGCACCGAGGCAGUUCGGAACACAUUGAGCCUCAUGCAUUCCUGUGGGAUGUACGACUUCUCCGGACAGUUUGCCUUCCACGUGGGCUUACCUGCCAAGUCUGGGGUCUCAGGUGCUGUCCUCCUGGUGGUGCCCAACAUCAUGGGCAUGAUGUGCUGGUCUCCACCUUUGGAUCGCCUUGGGAACAGCGUGCGAGGCAUUCACUUCUGUCAGGAGCUGGUCUCUCAUUUUAACUUCCACAACUACGAUAACUUGAGACAUUUCACCAGAAAGCAUGACCCUAGACGACGAACAGAUGAUGAGCCGAACAAGUGGGUGGUAAACUUAAUGUUUGCAGCCUACAGCGGGGACGUGUCUGCUCUGAGGAGGUUUGCGCUUUCAUCUUUAGACAUGGAGCAGAGAGACUACGACUCUCGCACAGCUCUCCACAUUGCCGCUUCAGAAGGUCAUGCAGAUGCUGUGGUCUUCCUGACUGAGGAAUGUAAAGUGAAUCCUUGCAUCAAAGACAGAUGGGGAAACACUCCCCUGGAUGACGCCAAGCAGUUUGGCCAUGAGGUCAUCGCCACCAUCCUGCAGCAGUACCAGCUUGUCUAUGCUGAUGGUCACUCAUCAAGCUUCGAGGAGCAGAAGGUUGCCAUGGACACGCUGAAGAGCGUCAUGUAAAGGACCAGAAGAGGUUAAAAAUACAAGUAAAGCACUUGGGUGGCGCAAUAUGAAACAGGGUGACAGACUAGUUUAGUUAAUUUUAUUCCGGACAUGCGUAACAGGUUACAUUUGUGUACAAACUAAGGUGAACAGUUUUACAUCUCAACAUGUUUGAAAAGGAGUGGGUUGAAGCAGAUCUUAUUUAAUCUCAUUCCUUCUCCUCCUCCUCCUCAUCAGAACAAUAUAGAUGGACACUUUUUGUUCACUCCAAGUGGUGAAUGUUUGAUUUUAAAGAUGUCUGUUAAUACUACCCAGGGUUAUAUAACAUGUCAUUCUUCAUGUAAUUGUAUAGUGCUGUACUGUGAACGGAUUUUUUUGUGUUGUAUCCAAUUGUUGCUUAUUUAUUUUUAAAUAGGGAAAUCCCUAUUACGAUUGAUCGUUGCAUAGAUAUUAGGGUUUUUUAUCUCCCCCCCCCUCAAAUCAAUGUUCCUAAUGCUGAUUGGAGGCAACUGUGAUGCACCUUGUCCUUUUAUUAUGGUUAACUUUUAUGUUGUGGGGUAAUGUAGGUACAGCAUAUUUUGGUAACAUAAGCAAACAAUAUGCCUACCACUACUUUGUAUUCCAAAAUAACAGCCUUUGUUUGCUAAAUUGUUCACAUCUCAUUCACACAUGUAAGCACUUGUGGUUACUAUAAGCUAUAUUACCAUUUAUGUUUUUGAGUGUUAGUCCGUUUUUUUAUCCAUGGGUGCCUUCACGCUUGUUUUGGGUGUGUUUGUUCUGCCAGUAGGGUUCACCAUAGGUCAAGUGUGAACACCUUCCAACAGAAAGUCAAGUGAACACUAAUAAUAAUUGGCAUUAUCAUUUCAGUUUUUGGCAAUGGUUUCCUAAUUUUCGGUUUCGACCAAUAGUUUUCAUUUCAGUGCAUCCCUAGUGAAAAUCAUAAAUAAAUGAGUUAAACUAGGGCCAGAAGCAUAAAUAGAGUAGUUUAACAUGUCUCUUCUCAACUAAAGGGCCAUCAUGGUCAUGACAUUUUUGUGAAGUUUCCUUGCAAAACAUCUCCAAGAACCUUUUUGACAUGUGUGUAUCGUUUGUAUCCUCUUCUUUACAUCUCAGCUGGUAAAAAAAUAAAUAUAUAUUCUACAGAAAAGAAAGCCCUACGAGUAUCUGUGACCCCAAACAC